AUGGGCGCCGCGGGCCAGCUCCGUCGCCGGACCCGCGCGCGGUCGCCGCCAGGGCCCAGACCCGAGGCCGCCGCCGCCGCCGGCGACGAAGACGACGUGAAGUGCGAGGCGUGCGGGUCCGGGGAGGCGGCCCCGGAGCUGAUGCUGUGCGACGGCUGCGACCGCGGGUUCCACAUCUUCUGCCUCCGCCCCAUCCUCCCCCGUGUCCCCGCCGGCGACUGGUUCUGCCCGUCCUGCUGCUCCCCGGCCUCCUCCAAAUCCGAAUCCGCCGCCGCCGCUGCUCACACCGUCGUCGGCAAGAAGCCUAAACAGUUCCCGCUGGUCCAGACGAAGAUCGUGGAUUUCUUCAAGAUCCAACGCAGCCCGACGCCGGCCGAUGCGUCGGCGGAGCUGAAGAAGCGGAAGCGGAAGUCCGGGGGCACGCUGGUGGCGUCCAAGAAGAAGAGUCGGAGGCUGCUGUCUUUCAUCCCCAGCUCCGACCCGGCGCAGCGGCUGCGGCAGAUGGCGUCGCUGGCGACGGCGCUGACGGCGACGGGCGCCGCGUUCAGCAACGAGCUCACCUACCAGCCCGGCAUGGCGCCGCGGUCCGCGAACCGCGCGGCGCUGGAGGCCGGCGGGAUGCAGGUGCUGAACCGGGAGGACGCGGAGACGCUGGCGCGGUGCCAGCGGAUGAUGGCACGCGGGGAGUGGCCGCCGCUGUUGGUGGCGUACGACCCCGUGGAAGGGUUCACGGUGGAGGCGGACCGCCCCAUCCGCGACCUCACCAUCAUCACCGAGUACGUCGGCGACGUCGACUUCCUCCGCAACCGGGAGCACGACGACGGCGACAGCAUGAUGACGCUGCUGUCGGCGGCGUCCCCGGCGCGGAGCCUCGUCAUCUGCCCCGACCGCCGCAGCAACAUCGCGCGGUUCAUCAACGGCAUCAACAACCACACGCCCGAGGGGAGGAAGAAGCAGAACGUCAAGUGCGUGCGGUUCGACGUCGGCGGCGAGUGCCGGGUGCUGCUGGUGGCCAACAGGGACAUCUCCAAGGGGGAGAGGCUCUACUACGACUACAAUGGAUCGGAGCACGAGUACCCCACGCACCAUUUCGUGUGA